ACAAAAAAUAAAGGUUGAAUCUUUCCUUAGAUUGAUGACUGUUAAAAAUAUAAAAGAUUGAAUCUUUUAUGGCAAAAACAGAAAUUAAGGAGGGAAAUUGGAAACCAAACUCAAUUUUUUUGCUUCAUUUGAAAGCUUUACCCUUGUUGUCAAUUUAUGAUUUAAAUGCCAUUUUUAAUUUCAAGAAUUUAAACCAAAGAAAGUGCCAAUUUAAUUAACCAAAAUCAUUGUAUUAUUGCUAUUUAGUAAUAGUAGCUCAAAGGACAUACAUUUGUUUAUUCUAUUCAUUACUACAGUAGCUGAAAGACCAGAGUACUACUGUUUACAAAUUUUCAGUUUUGUAUGUGACACCAAUUUUCAAGAAAUGGGUUCAGGACAUUUAUGUAGUUAUUGAUCUGCCAUGGAGAAGAUAUCUCCUAAGACUCAUAUGAUGAAGAGUCCUAUCAGGAAGGUUUCUAUAUCUAAAACCUCUAUGCCAAGGAGUCCCAUGCCUAAGAGCCCUAUGCCGUAUAGUCCUGCGCCGAAGAGUCCUGUGAUCUAUGAGAAGUACAAGUCAAGGUGUGCCUAUGGUUUAAUCAGUAUAUUUAACUUUCGGCGUCGGAAUUCGAAGAAAUUGAUUGCUGAUACUGAUAGAAGAAGAUUGAGCAGACAUUCUCUUGCUGAAGGUGAUAGAAAUAUAAAUGAUAAGCUUGAUAUACAUUCAGAUAAACAAAUUGAUGAUGAAAUACAUGAUAAGAUUGAAGCUACUGAUAAUGGUAAUUUAGAAGUAAAUAAAAUCAAAGGAGAAGAUGUGUCCACUAAGCAGCUGACAAGGAAGAAGAUUACAACUGCUAAAGUGGAAAAUGUACAGUCCAAUACCGAACUUGAUCAUGAGCAAAAAAAGAACCAACGAAAAGCAACCAAGAGUUCUCGGAGAGCUCGUCGUUUGCCUAUUUAUGGUUGUUACGAUAUAUCAACUGUAGAGAAUGCAGAUCCAACUCUGCAAAGUUUGGCUGAAAAAUCUUCGAAAUCAUUAGACUCCGAAGCGACAAAAGAAGUGCUUCCCAGCGGAUUGUGUUCUAAAGCUGAAGGAGACAGCACUUGUAAAAGUACCAAUUGCAUUCAAAAUGACCAACUUAAUGAGGUAAAUCUUCAAGUUAACAUGGGUGAAGUAACUGAGGCAUUUAUCAACCAGAAGUUAGUUGACGGAAAAGGCCUUUGUAGCAAUGAGGUGUCUCAUCAGUCUAAACACUUCUCGGAUGCAUUAGAUAUACUGAAUUGCAACAAAGAUUUAUUUAUCAAACUCCUACAAGACCCAAAUUCUUUGUUGGUGAAACAUAUCGAAGACCUAAGAGACAUACAAGCAAAAGAGCAGCCGUCUAAGCUUUUCACCAAGGACGGAGCAAAACACGAGGAAGCUAAUACAAGAGAAUGUAACUUGUCCACGUCCAAAGCAACGGACGAUCAUCAGCUUUUGGAGAAUAUAGUAGUUUUGAGGCCUAACAGAUCCGGUGGUGACUCCCAACAGUUUCAUUAUAGCUUAAGGAAUGUCCAGCAGGGUAUAAAACCUGCAUUUUUCCCCUUUGAACAAAUGAAGAAAAAGCUGAUGCGAAGCAUAGGGUUUCGAAGAAAAGAGAACCAAAUGUUGCUAAAUGGUAGAGCAGGGCAUUACAGAUCUACCCACGACUUGGAACUACUAAACUCAUUUGACGGAGCCUCGGAUUCUGGAGGAAUAACUGUAUCAUCCAUAGACGUGGUGAGAAACGACUCGAUGGACAAGGUUAAUGAGUUCGAUCCUGGUAUUAAAGAAGAAGGUGCUUCGAAGACAAACACACAUUGUGACAAUAGCGAGCCGGGUACAAAUAUCUCUGAGGUUAAAAAUGGGAAUGCAAAUUUCAUAAGAAAGCAGAGAGCAAAAACUUGGGACGGGAUAAGCUCAGUUCCUGAAUGUGACCUUUUUCCUAUGGACAGUUCUAAAGAGACAACAAAACAUGGCUAUUUUUCUGCGAAAAUGAGAUUUUAUGCUUGUAGCAGUCACCCGAUGGGAAGUGAAAGCGAUCGGAGGAAUCAGAAAGAAAAGAGAAGGAGUUGCUCAAGUCCUGUAAGACAGAAUUUAGAGUCUCCACCAUGGGCAUUUAGCAAAAAACACUUGCAGAUGCAUGAGAAAUCCUCAGAGGACCUUUUUCUUGAUUUGCAAGACUACAAAAGCAUCGCUUCUUCUUCGAGUAUUGAUUCAAGUCGAAUAGAUAUGAAGUACAUCGAAAAUUUUGAUGCGAUUAGUCCUUCAGGAGUGAACUCCAAACCAAGUGGUUUAAAUAAUGAUGAUGUUAAUCAAAGCACUGAGGUAGUGGAUCCACACGACGGAGAUGGUUGUUUCGAUUUGUCGAGAGUGGAAUUACAUGUGGAAAAUCAGAUAACAACUUUCUUGUCAGAUGAUUACUCAUCAAGCCCUUCAAAAGAAUUUGGCAGAACGAGAAACGACGCAGAGGAGCAGCCAAGUCCAGUAUCGGUUCUUGACGAAUUUUUCACAGACGAUCCAUUAGAAUCUCAACCUGCUCUACCAUCAGUUCGUCGUUUGCAAAUUAGUACCGAAGAAGACGUUUCACUGUCCCCUCUGGACCCGAAGCUCAAUUCUAGUACUUCUGCGUUUAAGUACAUAAGCACGGUAUUAUUGCAGGGUUGUCCUCGGAAUUGGGACGAACUUGCAUGGAAAUGCUAUUUCUCCGAUCAACUGCUUGACCGAUCCAUGUUUGAUGACAUAAAUGUCUGGCCUGACAAUCAGAGCCUCGUGUUUGACUACGUUAACGAAGUUCUUGUAGAUACAUGCUGGCGAUAUAUGAGAUGUUCCGAUUGGCUGUCAUUUAUUAAACCGAGAAUUGUGUCGAGUACAGUUACAGGAAACAUACAUCAUCAAGUAAUGCAAAAUGUAGAUUGGAAUCUCAUCUCAGAACAGCCAAUGCAGACAAUGGAGAAAAUCAUUGAAAACGAUUUGCGCAAGUCGAUGACGUGGAUGGAUAUCCGAAUCGACGGUGAAGAUGUUGUUAGUGAGAUGGUAGAUAGUCUUGUGGAAGAGUUGAUCAUAGAAAUUGCAUUGGAGUAAGUAAUCAGGAACACAAUCAAUUCAUCAUUUAUUAGUGUAAAUUAGUUGGAGCAGAGCUAAUAAGAUGUAAUCUUUGACAUCUUAUAUGUUUUAUCAGAUUAGAGGAAGCGUAUAGUUAUGAGAAAUUUUACAAUUCCACCUUUUUUUUCUUUAAUAGGUAUAAUCAUGUCUAUAAGUAGUGGAAUUUUUCAAUGUAGACCUAAGUUUAUUUAAAUGGAAAAUCUCAUAAUAUAUAACA